AUGUUUGCGCAAAGGAUAAUGCAGAGGCAAAGGCCUGCGGCCUUUGGCCAGCUUUUCCGGCGCUCGUUCGGCAGCACCUUGUCGAUCAAUCCUCACAUUAAAGCCUUCCGCCUGGCCACUCUGCCGCCGUCGUAUCUCCUCACCUACCUGGACACUCCUAGGCCGUCAGCGGUCACGGCCGUCGGCACGACCAGUGUGCUGCCUCCGACGCCGCGUUCAUUUGUCGCCAAUGACCGGUUCAUGGACAUUCUCAACGACGUGCUCCGCGAGAAUGCAGCCCAGGACGAUGGGCUCAGAGCACAGGCCGUUGCAUUUGCUGCCCCAGGCGGCACCAUUUUCAGCAAUGCCGGCGCGAGCCACACCGGAUCCAGCACCACCGUGCAGCAGGGCGGAUCUGGCGGCGGCGGCGUUGGUGGCUGGGUGCACCUCAGCGAUCUCCGUAAUCCGCCAGACUUUGGCCGGAUUGCAUGGCCCGAAGACAUAUUUGGCAGCAUCGAGGUGGACAGCACAGGCACUCUGCUCGACAACUUCCAGCCGUCGGGCAGCUACCGUAUCCUCACGAACGAGGGCAUGCUCGGCCUCAGUGAUUUCUUGAGGGAAAAGCUCGUCCAGCGCCUCGAGGAGGAAGACGAGAACGACACCAGCGACCGCCCGCAGAUUUUGGACUGA